UCCAAUCCAGUAUUACAAAGCAAUGUGAUUAUUGCCAUUGGCAACAAGAGAUAGCAACAUGGCGGUUAAUAUGGACAGCGAGAAAUACUACAUUGAAAAGGAAGAGGUAACGGUUGAUUCAGAUGAUGACUUUAAAUAUGAAGAAGUCCCAAUUGAUGAUGACUUUAUUCCACCAGAUUUAGAAGAAGACCUUGAUUUAGCUGUUCGUACUAUUCAUGAAGCUAAUGAAGAUGCAAUUGCUAAGGCAUCUGGUCAAGUUGUUGUUAAGUCUGCUGUUCAUCAAAAGCCAGAAGUUGUUGAUGACUUUGUGAGAAAUUUUUUAAUCCACAUGGGAAUGUGGCGUACAUUAGACUCUUUUCAAACAGAAUGGUAUGAAUUGCAAGAACGAGGUCAAUUAAAAUAUGCUGAUAUAGGCAUAGUUCCUGAUGUUUACACUAGGAAUCAAGAACUUGAGAAUGAAAUAGAAUUUCAACAGAAAGAGGUUAUCAAGUACAAAGAUGCUGCAAUCAAAGCUAAAGAUUUGUAUGUUAAAUUGAGGAAGGAGAGAGACUUUCACCGAAUGCAUCACAAACGAGUUGUGCAAGAGAAAAAUAAGCUCAUUGAUGAUAUCAAAAGGUUAAAACAUCAUUAUUCACAGUACCCACAAAAUCUGGAAGCUCUAAAAGUACGUUAUGAAGCAGCUAUGAAGGAAAAAAUGAUGGCUAACUUAGAAAAAGAUAGAGCUUUAGGUCAAGUCAUAGGCCUUCAAAGUACUAUUCAAAAUCUGGAGGCUUUUCAAGGUAAUGUCAUUGCAAAAACAGAAAUAAUAAAAACGAUGAAAGGGCCUACACAUAAACAGCUGUUAAUGGAGCGUCAGAAAAAAUCUGAAUUUGCUUCAGGAGAUGUCAACAACCAACCUAGUGAUUUUAAAAGAUAUCCCAAUGAUUCUGAUUUUCCUGUUGAUCAAGGAGUCAAUCCAAUGCUGAAUCAAAUUAAAGGUACUCUGGGGCAAGCUGCAAGAGCUAGUGGUUUUCGCCUUUCCAAUUCAAUCACUGCACAUUCACAUGCUAUCAGUGGUGAAACCCUGUCUUUUCAAAGUCACAUUCUACUUAGUAGUAACACGGGCUUACCAAUAACUGGAGUGUCUCUUCAUCCCCGAAAACAGAUACUGGCUACAGCAAGUGAUGAUCAUACUUGGAAAAUUUGGGCCAUCCCUAGUGGUGAAAUAAUUAUGACAGGAGAAGGACACUCUGACUGGCUUUCAGAUUGUCAGUUCCAUCCACUAGGAUCUAGUAUAGCAACGACCAGUGGAGAUUCUACAGUGAAAAUAUGGGAUUUUUCCAAAGCUGCUUGUGUCCAUACUUUUACUGACCACACAGCUGCAGUUUGGAGUUGUUCAUGGCACACUUGUGGUCACUUUCUAGCAUCCAGUUCCAUGGACAAUACAGCUAAAGUUUGGGAUUUAAAUAGCCUACGUUGUCGCUACACUUUACGAGGCCAUGUUGAUUCAGUCAAUACAGUGGAGUUUCUGCCCUACAGCAAUACUCUACUGACAAGUUCAGCCGAUAAAACUCUUUCUCUUUGGGAUGCAAGAACUGGACUGUGUGCUCAAACUUAUUAUGGUCACUUGCAUUCUGUCAACCAUGCAACAUUUAAUGUUCGUGGGGAUACCAUUGGCUCUUGUGAUGCAUAUGGAGUUGUCAAAUUGUGGGAUGUUCGCAGUGUCGCUCCAAUGGCUAGCUUUGAAGUGGGACCACAUUCUGCCAAUAAAUUGGGAUUUGACAUAACUUGUGGAAUGGUUGCUAUAGCGAGUAAUGAUAGUACAAUCAAACUCUAUGAAAUUUUAUCUGGAAUGAUUACAAGUCUAGCUGGCCAUGAAGAUUCAGUUUUAUGUUUACUAUUUGACAGUUCAGGAGACUUUAUGGUAUCAGGAGGAAGUGAUAAUACAAUUCGUAUUUGGUCUUAAUUAUUAAUAAGUGACUAAACAUCCAUGUGCACUGUCAAUUGUUUGACUAGGAAUUGUGUUUGCAAGAAUUGUUGACAACAUUUAGAAGAAGCAUAAAACAUUUUUCUUUGAAAUCUUGCAACACAAAUAAAAACAAUGCCGGCUUAAAAUUUAACUAUAACUUUCAGUCUUGGGAAGUGUAAGUUACACAUUUAGAGAACAUUUAAAAAAAAAAAAAAAGGAAUAUAAUUUUUAUUUAAAAUAUAAACAAGAUUUUGGUUAAAAUUUGAUUGUUUUAUAACUUAAAAAAUGAAAUAUUUUUAUACUGCCUUUUUUAGAUGAUUUUAUUAAAUAGAUAUUAUUAGAAAACAUUUACAUUUUAGGUUAUUAUUAAGAGUUAUAACUGACUAAAAUUGUAGCUUUCAACUCUCUGAAAAGGUUCUCAUUUGUGUCUAAUUAUUUCAAAUGUAUCUCCAUUGGCCAGAAACUGUUUGAUGUGUAGAGUAAAACAAAUAUCUUUCUUUUUUUUUUU